ACACCCGUGCGCAUGCGUAAUGGAACGGUGUCAUGGCGGCGGCCUAGCAUUGGGAGCGUCGCCUAGAAACGGCAAAGGGAACACUUAGAAGCCAAAGAACCGAUUGAGGGAGCGGAGCCACAUACGCGGAUGCACCGGGAGUCUAAGGAUGUCCUCGGCCACGCAGCAAGAUAGGAGUAAAAACAAAGAGGAUACCUGGAAAUCUGAAGAGCUGAAGAGACACCUAAAGGCUUCCAAGCCAGAUGAUAAUAGGCAGAAAGAAAGACGGCAUCGCAGAAACGAAGACCGAGAAGAACACUUAGAAUCCAGGCAAAAGUACAAUGACAAGGAAAAGAAGGAGGAACAAGAACAUGGUAGAACAUUAGAAAGAUAUGGAGAUAAAGACAUGGACACCAUCCGAAACCAUCACAGAGAAAAAGACAAAGGGCGAGACUACGACAGAGAUCAGGCAAAGGAAAAGCACAAAUCUGUGGAGAGAAAGCACAGUGCAGAGGCAAUGAGAAAAUCACAUGGUGUCUCCAAAGAUUAUGUAUCGGCUAAGUUGGAGGCGGAUACAUCUAUGUUAAAGAAAAGGGAUGUAAGAGAACGUUCAGACAAAAGCAAGCAAGGGGACUAUGAUGAUGAAAAGAGACACCGGGAAAGGAGAGAAAAAGAAGAGAAAAGGCGUGAGAGGGCAUAUGAUGAGGACAGAGAGCAGAGAUACAGAAAACACAGGGAAGAAUUAGAAACAGAAGACUUAGACCGGGAGAGGAGAAGGAGUGAACGUAAGCACGCAGAAAGGUCUACUGAAGAUUCAGAGAGAGAGAGAAGGAGGAGUGAACGAAAACAUAUGGAAAGGUUGACUGUAGAUGAAGAAAGAAGAAGCGAAAUGAAACAAAAAGAUGUAUCUUCAAAAGAUGUAGAUCAGGAGAGAAGAAGGAGCGAAAGGAAACAUAUGGAGAGAUCUAAGGAAGGGGCAGACCGGGAGAAAAGAAGGAUUGAACGUAAACACAGGGAAAGAUCUACAGAAGAUGUAGAUCGGGAGAGAAGGAAAAGUGAACAAAAAUAUGUAGAAAGGUCAACAGAAGGUGUAGAUGAAGAGAGAAGAAAUCGUGAAAGGAAACAUAAGGAAGUAUCUUUAGAAGAUGUUGAUCGGCAAAGAAGAAGGGAACGGAAACACAGGGAAAAAUAUUCAGAAGAUGCAGACAAUGUAGAUGGGGAGAGAAGAAGAAGCAGAAGAAGAGAAGCGAAACACAGAGAAAGAUCAACAGAGGAUGUAGAUCAGGCCAAACUAAAGAAUGAACAGAAACAUUGGGAAAGGUCUACCAGGGAAGACAGGCACCAAGGCAGAAGUGAGAUGCAAUCAUCUGAGAUGAGAAAGCCACCUCUAUCAAAGGAAAACAUGAUGGAUGAGAGAGAGAGAAAGCACAGAGAACAGAAAAACAGAAAAGAACACCCAGAUGAAGGAAUAAAAAGAACUACUGAGAAAAGUAAUACUUCUUUGAAGGAGCAGCAAAGUGAAGAUGAGAAGGAGAGUGAAAAUGAAGGCUCCGCUGACCAAGCAUUCAGUACUGAUGCAGCAAAUGAAGAUUCCACAAAUUAUGAAGAGGAUUUUGAGGAUUAUGCUGAUGAUUUUGAAAAUGAAAGUGACAAUGAGACUGAGGAGCCAGAGAGGAACCCUGAAAUUGAAGCCAUUCAGAGGGCUAUGAUGUUGGAAAAUGAGAAGAUUGCUUCAUUUCCUUCGGCUCCUAAGCAGAAAGAACGUGACGAGAAGCCCAAACAGGGGGCAGUAGCUGCUCCCGUUAAAGAACAGCACCGGGGAGUGUUCAUAGAUUUCGUGUCGGCUAAGCAGCGACAAGUUAAUGGUCAAAUUGCUUCAAAACAAAAAAAACGCAGCACUGAAAUCCUUCGACUGAUCGACUUAGACUUUUCCGCUACCCUGUCCUUGUUGGACCUUCACCCAGUAAAAGAAUAUGAAAUGUACAUCCGAAAUUUUGGGAGAACAAACACUAAACAGGCCUACGUUCAGUGCAAUGAAGAUAAUGUUGACAGGGAAGUACAAACUGAAGAAAUAGACAUUGAAGAAAAGUGGACCCAGCAUCCAGGAGAGGGCGCUGUUGUCUCCGGAGGCCAUAAAAGUGAUGCAGCAGAGAAUGCAACAUCUUCAAUGAAGGUUGACUCCCAAAAAUUAUCAAGUUUCCUCCAGUCUGCCUGCCAGGUUAUUGCAGUUCUACUUGAAGAGGAUCGAGCUGAGAAACGGUCAGACUGGAAUGUCCAAUCCAAAGAGCCUUGCAUGUCCAUCAGCGAUGGCUGCUUCCAAUUAAACACCUGCCUCCCAUUUCUCCAAGCCCGGCAGGUGUACCAUUUACACUUCUCCCCAAGCCAAAGGCAUAUGCUGCUUACAGUACAUGGAUUAUGCAAGGACCCCAGCAUCCCACGUCUGGACAACCGCUACAUUAUCUGCGUGUGGAAUGUAUGGGAACCCUCUACUCCUCAGAAAGUCCUCAUCUGUGAUGCAGAGGUAAAGUGCUGCUGUUUUAGCCCUGGCAGAGCAGCCCUGGUGUUUGCUGGAACAGUAGAUGGGACUGUGGCUGUGUGGGAUCUACAGGAAGACCCCACUAUGCAUCAUACCAUGAAAAUCGCCGAUACAAACUGGACAAUUAGAUCUGCCACCUUUUCUACUGAUGGUGUUUUUACUCCGAUAACCCACACAUGCGCUGUAAGGGCGAUAGAACCUGUGUCCAGUGCAGCUUAUAAGGAUCACGGGAUAUCACUGCUCUCAUCUCAGGAAGAAGGGGUUUCCUUCCAGAUGGCGUCCCUGGAUGAAAGUGCCCACCUUGUAAUAUGGGUGGUGGUGGAGCUUAGGAAAGUGGAUUCGGCAGGAUCACAGAAUGAUUUAGGUUUAAUACCCGGAGGGAAAAUAAAAUUGGUUCAUAGCUCCUCGAUACAUCUUGAUAGCAAUUUUUUCUCUAAAGAAGUCUUAUCCCUGGGGGUCCCCGAGACCCUGAAUAUUAAGUUUCUGCCUCAGGACUCCAAUCAUUUUGUCAUUGGAACAGACAUUGGCAUUGUAGCACGGGGCACACGCUAUGGAUUUACAGAACCACCGAAGCAGUAUAAGCCUCGACAUGGAAAGCUGAGGCCGUCUAAGAUCACAGCCAUUGACUUCUCUCCUUUCGGCGCAUCUGCAUUUCUGGCGGGGUGUUCUGAUGGGUGUAUAAGACUGCAGAGCCUACGUGCCGAAUUUCCCAUCAUGCAAUGGAGCCACAGCACUGGCGGCCAAUCAGUCACGGCGCUGCAAUGGUCAUUAACAAGGCCUACGGUUUUCUUCGUUCUGGAUGCUGCUUGCUGCAUAUAUAUUUGGGACCUGAUGCAAAAUGAUUUGCAACCCGUAGCCAAAGAGACUGUGCGGUCAGAUCAAUUACUGUGCAUGGCCACGCUGGGGGAGCCAGAGAAGAACAAUGGCUUAACAGGACUGGUGUUGGCAAAGGCUUCUGGGAAAGUGGACAUUCAGUAUAUUAAGAAGAUAUGGGCCAAGUGCCAGGCAGGAGAGAUGGAGAAGCUACAACUCUUUCUGCAGGAGAUCCUAUAGCAAAAUCAUAUGUUUAGCCAAGCAUUCUCCAUGUGCAAUUGGACAUGCGGAUGAUUCAAACAAAUUUGAUUGCUGGUUUGUUUGUUUUUUGUAAAUCUAUAUAUUUAUAUUUUUUUGGCAAUUCCUUAUGUGGCACUGGCACUUAUGAAAUCGAAUUGUUGAACUCCCAGCAGCUGUAGUUACAGAUAUGGACAAACACCAGCAACGAUCCUGUAUGAUUCUGUGCUCUCCUUUACAUAUGAGGCAAAUCUACUGCAGAGCAGCCAAUCAAACCUAAACCGUCUGACUGAAAUGUAACUGCUGAUUGGUCACUGCACUGAUGCAGAUUUGCACUUGUGUUAGUAAAUGCGGCCUCAGAUUUAACAAACUGCAAUGAACAGAUUCUGCACCGGUGAUACGGUAGUAUAUAUGUUAUUUCCUUUGCACUUGCAUCGAUUACUUUAAUCACCGGCAACUUGAUGUUAUUGGACUGUAUGGGCUACACACGCGGGUGUACCACAAAAAUCUCCGUUUCAAAAUAAAUUUUAUUUUUGUACUAUUCAUUAUUUAUAGAGGAAAUGUACAAUGUCACAGUUUUAUGGACUAUUUUUAUAUAUCGUUCCAUUGGAAUCUGAAUAAAAUGACUAUUAAAAAAAAAAACGAAA